CUUGAACAUUUUUCUUAUUUUGUCUCUCUCUACGCAGCAAUGGAGAAACCUUCAAGCCCUGCAGCGGCUGAGUUCGAUCCGGAGGCCGAGUUCAUACUAUCAAAGCGUAAGACAGGAAACGAAUGGGAGCUUUACAAGGAGAAUGUAAAGCCUCUUAAGCGUGGCCGCAAAGUCGAAAUCCUCAACGACGCCCUAAAAUCACAAGCCAACAACGCCGCAAGAAAGUCUCUUCUCCAGACUCGAAGAAAGAUGAUCGAUGCGAUCGAUGAGUAUAAGGGGGAUGAUCCUCUUCAGCCCUGGAUCGACUGCAUCAAAUGGGUUCAAGAAUCAUUCCCAACAGGAGGGGACUGUUCGGGGUUGGUUGUGAUUUAUGAACAAUGUGUUCGCAACUUUUGGCAUGAUGAGCGCUACAAGGAUGACCAGCGUUAUCUUAAAGUUUGGCUAGAAUAUGCAGAGAAUUGUGUUGAUGCUGAGGUAAUCUUCCAGUUCCUUCAGCCUAAUCAAAUUGGUCAAAGCUAUUCUGCAUUCUAUGCAGCAUAUGCACUUCACAUGGAAUUCAAGAAAAAAUUACAAGCAGCUGAUGAAAUUUUUAAUCUUGGUAUUGCUAGGAAGGCAAAACCACUAGUGAAGUUAGAAGUUGAAUACAGGAAGUUUCUUGGAAGGUCGAUGGCGAGAAAGAAGACAGCAGAAGAUGAUUUGAUGGAUAAUCACUUGCAUGUUCGAUCUUUUGGAACAAUUUUGGCUGAUGGCGGAGCUGGUAGAUUACCUGUAGAGAAUGCUGAAAUUAACAGAAAGAGUAGGAAGCCACUCGAAAGGAUUGAUAAUAGUAAAUCCAUAUCAAUCUAUACUGAUGAAAGUACAGGAGCAAGUCAUCUAUGCAGGAAAUCAUCUACAAAUGAUCCAUCUUGGGAAUAUCUUGGAAGCAGAUCCAGUCGAAACAAGGAAAAUAUUUCAGUACCAAUGAAGUGGACAUCAUAUAAGGUUCCACAAAAGAUGGGAGCCAGGACUGAGCCAACAACAUUAAGUACUCGCAUUGAGGUUUUUGUUGAUAAUGAUUCCAAAUUGGAACCUCCAAAGAUUUCUAAAUGCGACACACCUACCACUUUACGACUUCAAAAAGCAGAUAACAUGAACCUCAAGAAGGAAACAGAGUUGUUGAAAGAGAACCCAUUGCGAAAUUUUCCUCUGAGUACUCUCAGAUAAGUGGCUCAUGUUUUCACCACUGGUGAUUUUUGCGACCUGGUUGUGAUGUUCCAUCGAAAUCGAUCUACUAAACUUUCCUCGUCGCUGAAAGUUUGUUUUUUCAACGUUGCUGGGCUUGAAUUUCUUCCUUGUUUUUCUAAAGUUCACGCUUUCUUCAUAUUUUCCUACUGCAAAUGAAAUUAAUCCUUCCUUGACUGUCCA